AUGACUUCCCUGUCUGUACAGUCGACCAACUUCCCUCUGCAUGGCCAGCUCAUCAUUCCAAGGCAGAUACACAACCAACCGUAUUUAGAAAUCACCAUCCAAGACCCUGGAAGCCAAGCAUCCAUGUCAUCAGUUCUCCGGUUUCCCAUCUCCCCCGCUUUUCGUCAAGAGCGAAGCGAGGUGGAAGUAAUGAGACGGCGGUUCUGCGGGUGUAGGCGAGGGAGGGUUGACCUGCAGAUUUUGGUAACCGUGUUCCUGGUCCCCGGAGUCUUGAUCCUGGUUGUGGUGGUGGGGUUUGGAGGCUGGGGCGCGAGGAUGGCGGGACACGGAAGGUGGCUUUGGACUGCUUGUAAUCGCGGGUCGAGAAGGGCCGUGAGCUUUGGAGGAGGAGCGCAGCUUAGCGCCUAUUUGAAGCAGCCUGAGAGGAUGGAUCCUACUCGGUGUCUUUUGAUGGUCGUCGGACCGAUCGGCCGGGAAACCUACUCCUUUCCUCUGUGA